AUGGCUGCUGAAUCGCCCGCCUCGGUCGCCACCGCUCGCGGCGGGGAGACAGCUUUCCUCACUCCUCCUUCUACCACCCAGACCUCUCGGAAUUCGCCAGCACCCGCAAAUGCUGCUGCUCCCGCUCGCUACAGACAAGCGACCCGGCUACCCUUCGAGCUCGCCCAUCAUUGCGACCUUCAAGGCUAUAGCCUGCUUACUAGUCUUUUGAGAUCCGGUUCCUCGUCCAGCUCAUCAGAUCGCCCACCUGCACAAAUUCCACCAAUUCAGCUGUUCGAGCUCUCCGCGACCCUUGCUGUCUACCCUGCCAUUACGACCAGGGCAUCAUCGCCCGACCAAAUACACGCUUCCAACGCUGCUGUCAGAUACCUCCGCGACGUGAACCGCGUCAUCGGGCCGGUGAACGCCGGCUUCGCAAACGCUUUUGUCUUCGUCGGAUCUGGUUCAUCGAGAAGCCGUACGUGGAGAAAACGUGGAGCCUUUGGUUCACCAAGGAAUGGCGAUAGCAACAUAGUAGAGGAAGAGAGGCCGAUCAAGUCUGCAGUAGCGAACAAGAAUAGCCUGUGGGCCAAAGCGGACGACUUCUGGCAUGUUUUGGGCUGGGCCUUCAUAUGCUCUGUGAAUCACAAGGAAAGGUGGGAACGAUGGAAGAUCUGGCUAGAGCUGAUGCUCGAGGUCAUGGAGGCCGAUUGGAACGAGCGUAACAGGUUGCAUGAGGAGCAGCUCGGGCGGGAUGGUGUGACAACCGACGAGUUGCUCCAACAGAGCAUCAUCGUGCAGUACCUGGUCACCGCUAACGUGGGCUCGCUGUCUGCUCGGAGAAUGAUGCUCCGUGCUACACUUGCAGAUGGCGGAGUCAAAGCUACCAGUGAGUUCAAAGAGGUCUUCAAAGACGAGCUCUUGGGGAAGAAAAAGGAACGCGCUAAGCCCAUCAAGGAGAUGAGGCUUGAAGAAGGAGACUUUGGUGAUCUUGAAGAACCUGACGACGACGAUGAUAUCGACGACGCCGAUGCAAGGAACGGUUCUGGAUUGCCAUUCCGCAAGAGCAGCCGGAACAUCAAUACCAGACGAACUUCCAUAAUCUCUUUGAGUUCGGAUUCAUCCGAUGACAUUGGAGACGAUGGACUUUCACCAGUUGAACGCCUUGGAGGGAUGGAUGCAUUGCACCUGCGCCAACGCAUGUUGGCUUUCCUUUCUGUUAUUGCGGAAAGGCUUCCGACACACGUUACUUCUCGCGCGCAGCUUUUCGAUUCAUAUACCGAACAUUUACGCCCUUUGCCUGCCUCGAUGUUCGGCGUCUUGAUUCGCACCUCGAUGCUUCCUGUACCUGCUCAAUGUGUUCUAGCCGCCAACACACUCCUUCCGCUACUACCUCACUCACCUCCUCAUUACGGUAUUGUACCGCCAUCCCAAGCUGAAUGGGCUGAGCAUUUCCUACCUUACGCGGCCAAUACGCAUAGUUUUGCAGACAACGCAAAGGUCAGCAUCCUGCUCCAACAAGUAGUGCAGAUAACUCUACCGGAAAUGAAAUGGAACAGAAACUGGGUUGAGCAAGCUCUCAAGGGCAUUCGCGCCAGAAAGAAGAAAGCCCGCGGUCUAAACAAGUCUGGUGGUGGCGGUUUACGGUCAGCUGAGAUAGUGGCGGAGAAGGUCUUCCAGGAAAGCGAGCAGCUCUUACUGCUGCUUGUGCAGAUGGUUGAAGACGGCAAGUACAAUGCGUUCGUCGUCAAGACCUGA